UGCACCACUGCGAUUACUCGUGGUCCGUCGUUGGUGCUGAUCGUGAACGGUAGACGACGGCAACAACAACAUCAGUGGGCUGAGGGGGCAAAAAAGACGACAACGCUAGUUUCUUUCCCCGUCUCGAUACUCUUGCUCCACGAGCUGACUCGUUUACCGCCGCGUGAGCUGCGUAUUCGCGAGUCAUCGAUCUACCUAACCUCCAAGACGCAGCGGAGGUAUUCUCCCUUCGCGGUGACGCAUCUAAGAAUAUUACGUCUCUGUCUCUUUUAUCUCGUGUUCGCUCACAGUUCCAUCUAUCUGUCCUCUCCGUUCCCUCUGAUCUCCAACUAGUUCCUACAUUCUAUUUCUUAUGUUUCCCUGUUGCCUUUAGUAGCUCUUUCUCUCUUUCUCCUUAGCUGCCUAUCUUUAUCUCUCUCUUUCGCUAUCUUCUCUCCUUCUUUCUCCUCUCUCGUUCUCUCUCUCGUCUCUACGACGUACAGAAGAGUACAGUGGUGCGGGGAAGUGGAAUCAUUCGCGAACACGCGACGUUUAAAGGACGGUUCGACGACGUCACGGGAAAUUUAUAUAAAUACGAAACAACGGUAACUCGAAGGUACGAGAACUUUGCGCGUGGACGGUGAAAACGUGGUGGCCGGUCGUGUGUAGUGGCGAGUGUUGGUGCAAACGCACAGUGGUGCGCGACUCGACUUCUCGAUCACGAUCGCCAAGGAAGCGGACAAAAUUCCGACGAUUCACAGUCUAUGAGCGCCGAGGGCCAGGGGGACCCUGGAGAAGAUCACGCUUCCAGCGACGUAGUAGUACUCUACCUUCGUCGUGAGAUCGCGAAAUCGCGAGGAUAUCUAUUAUUAGCACUUUGUUUUGGUGCAACGACACUGUAUCCGACUUGGCGAACUAAACGCGACGACGUGCGAUCUUGACGAGUGACGACGACCACGACGAGUCUUCUCGUCGCUCAGCAGUUUCCCGUGGCGUGGGAAAUGACCCUUGAAAAUUCGAACAACACUCAUCCUUCACAGACGCUUUGUUUCCUAACUCGAUGACAUGGUAGGAGCAGAAAGCCCUUGCAGCGACAUGAAGCGCGCAGCUGCAAAAAAACUUAUUGAACGGUACUUUUACCAACUUACAGAUGGAUGUGGAAAUCCUCACUGUGACAAUCAAAAUUGUGCCUCCAGUGGCAAGGUUAGUAAUCUCACUCCAAAUCAGGCAGCUGCUCAGGCCAUUCAGUUAUUCUCGCAAGAAGCAAGACUUUGCGAUGGUACACAACCUAGUAAAGUUGCACGGACUACUAUAGAGCCAGGUCAAACAUCUUUAGCUAAGAGUCUACCUGUAAAAAGUGUUAAUCCUCCAAGUUCGGAUGAAGGAAAACAAGAGCCAUAUCUCACAGAAAAUAAACUUCUGGAUAUUAUAGAAAAAUGUAAAGCAGAAACUUCAUAUGCUUUAUUAAUUCGCACUCUAGGAGAAGUGUUUUCUUCCGCAAAGGCAUUAAGCCUCAGUUUUCAAAAAACUGAGAAAAGCAAUUCCCCUCUGGCGGCGCUUCUCGAUCGAGCACCAGACACUUUGUUAAGGCCACCUGCUGAUCUGGAUAAGGAGGCCGUACGAUCUCUGCAAGGGGAAGACAAAGACGAAGACAGCAGCGAUCCAUCACCUACAGUUCCUAAUAACGAUGAUACCAGUGUCGAUUUACCGUCGGUUCGUAGAGCUUUCGAGGCACUUUGGUCUUUGCCAGGUGAAGUGUUCGAGUCAGCUCUGGUCAAUGCACUAGUCACUUUGGCAGAUGACAUAGAAUUAGACUUGAGGGUAUUUCGCAUAGUACGCUGGGAAAGUAUGGAUAGUCUAUUAAAUGUAUUUCUCAUUGUCUUUGAAAUACCGAUGCUCGGGAAUAGCGAAUACUUGGAACUGGCUCUUCAUAUGCUGUGUAAAGCGUUAAGCUGCUUACCGGUCGUGGCACAAGCUAAGUUAGCGCGUAUAUGGGCCAAGCACUGCAAAUCACGACUUCCGAAUCUUCUACAGGCGCUACAAGAGCUCAUAACCGUCAAGGUGAUAGGGGGAUCUUUCACACGUGAUUAUUGCGUCCAAGAUGCGGAUACCAUUACCGCACCCACGAAGGUUAUGAAGAUUCUAUAUUACGCGAGCAUGCUAGCCGGUGAGUUAGACGGUCCCGAGCUCAUGUUAGGUGACGAGGCCGAGUCGGCUAGUAAUGACAAGACUGCUUCACGAUCGUCACAGGUCCCACAAGAUCCAUUAGCGACAGAACUAGGAAUCACUGCGCUAGACGCACGCAAACCUUUCAUACCGUUUACCGAUUUCUAUAAUGAGCCACUUAGCGAUGCCAUAGAAAUGGACAAAGAUUUUGCUUAUUACAAGAGCGAAGAGCCAAUGAAAUUUAGUUUUAUGAAUUAUGCUUUCAUUCUCACGCCCGCCACAAAAACUCUCGGUCUUUAUUACGAUAACCGCAUCAGGAUGUACAGUGAACGGCGCAUGAGUUUCUUGCAGACUGUUGUCGGGCAACCCACUAAUCCAUAUCUCAGAUUAAAGGUUCGAAGAGACCAUUUAAUAGAUGAUGCGUUAGUGGAAUUGGAAAUGGUAGCUAUGGAGAAUCCAUCUGACUUGAAGAAACAGCUAGUUGUCGAAUUUGAAGGAGAACAAGGUGUCGACGAAGGCGGUGUGUCUAAGGAAUUCUUCCAACUUGUUGUAGAAGAGAUUUUUAAUCCUGAUUAUGGCAUGUUUACUUCUCAAGAAGAUACACAAAUGACAUGGUUUAAUCCUACAUCGUUCGAAAGUGACGCACAGUUCACAUUAAUAGGCAUCGUCCUCGGUUUAGCAAUUUACAAUAAUGUAAUUUUGGAUGUGCGCUUCCCAAUGGUGGUUUAUAGAAAAUUGCUAGGCAGGAAAGGUGCUUUUGCGGAUCUGGAAGAUUGGAGUCCGACGUUAUAUCGAACGAUGCGAGAGUUAAUGGAAUAUACCGGAGACGAUAUGCCGGAGACGUUUAUGCAAACCUUCCGAGUGGCUUACAGAGACGUUUUCGGAUCGAUAUCGUUUCACGAGCUCAAAGAGAACGGUGACGAGUUGUACGUCACGCAAGAGAAUAAGAAAGAAUUUGCCGAUCUCUACGCGGAUUUCUUGCUCAACAAGUCGGUAGAGAGACAGUUUAAUGCGUUCAGGCGUGGUUUCCAAAUGGUUACGGACGAGAGUCCACUCGCUUUGUUAUUCAGACCCGAGGAGAUCGAACAGCUUGUUUGCGGUAGCAAAAUAUUCGACUUUGCCGAGUUGGAGGCCGCUACAGAAUACGAAGGCGGCUAUACCGUCGACAGCGAGGCAGUACGUAACUUUUGGCGCGUGGCUCACUCGUUACCGCCUGAAAGUCAACGGAGGCUUCUUCAAUUCACUACCGGCAGCGAUCGUGUGCCGGUCGGCGGCCUCUCGAGACUGAAAAUGGUUAUCGCUAGACAUGGCCCGGAUUCCGACAGAUUGCCAAUUGCACACACAUGCUUCAACGUUUUAUUGUUACCGGACUAUAGCACGAUGGAGAAACUGCAGGAUCGUUUAUUGAAGGCAAUUAAUUAUUCGAAGGGUUUCGGCAUGUUAUGAACAUACCGUCGUCGCUCCUAUCUCUCCCUCUCUCUAUCUCUCCCCCUCAGUCUUUCGAAUUGUAUUCGAAGAACACAGAUAAGAUAAGAUUCGACUAUUGUCAUUUUUAUUGCAGCUACGCUAAUUGGAAGUAUUUAUCGUAAUAAACGGUAAACCGUGCCAGUGCGCUUAAAACAUAAAAACAUCGCUUACGCAAUCUGAAUCGUCAAAAGGCUCCUCUUAACGGUUCUAAAAAUUCCAACGAAUCAAAGAUCGAAUCCCGAAUCGAAUGUACAAAACAUGUAUUCUUAAAGGGAAGGGAAAACGGGAAGAAUGCUUCGAAACUGUACCACCGCAAGAGAAUCGCUUGUACCAUACUAUGUGUACUUUUUCUACUAAAGUAAAGAUAACGAAGAUCGAUUUUCCUUUGCCAUUCCGAGACGAUUGAGAGGAGAAGUGCAACAGACAUCACGAGACGCGGAGCUACGCAGUGAUUGUGAGAGCAUGGAGGCCAAAUAAGAAGAAGGGAAUCGAAUUGUAGGAAUAAAUAUGCAUCAUCAGCAAAACGUGGUCGACAUAAACGAAAUGCGUUCCCGGAACUCGAUGGUCGUGCGACUGUUGCGUAAUUUUAUUCUGAAUGAUGAUUUCGUUAGCCAUCAUCUCCUCAUUCCCAACAAGCUGAUUGAAUUAGUCAUUAUUUCAUAUUGUUAACUUGAAGAAAUUUCUUGUUAGUUUAGACUGGUUGAUUUCGGAUUAAAUUCUGAUCGAACGCCAUACGAUAUAACACACGAGAUUUUAAGUAAAGAAACCUUUUUAAAUCAAUAUAUUGUUAAGUGUUUGAAUAUAAUUAUAAUCCUAUGACUUAUGCGCGACAUAAAUCACGUUUAAGUUAAGAUACAUAAGGACAGUCAAAAUAGAUGUAUAAAAAUUACUUGCUCCUCAGUUUGCGCGUACGAGUGUAAUUUGAUAUAUAUAUAUAUAUGAAUAAGGAUUUGAUUGUAUAAAGUAGCAAAUCUGUCGUAUGUAAUUUAUGAUAAUUGUUCAACCGCUUCUCUCGAAUGCAUCCGACGUUGCGAAGCCGAAGAUACCCCUUAUGCGAUACGUAUCGAACAUUAUUUUGAACAUGAACUCUUUUUGUAAAGUGAGGCGUGAGACAAAAUGGCUUUUGUAUUUACUUUUCUUUCAAUUUCUAACAUUUCUCUUAUGCAUCAUGUGUCUAUGGUGAUUAAAUAGUAUCGAAUAGAAAUUGAAUUUGUAUAAACGUUUAUAAUAGGCAGUGCUGUCUAACGGCUGCCAAAAUUCAGCCGUUUUAUUGUUGUUCACGUGACAAUAAAGCUCUCAAAAAAGA